ACGUGUGCCUCAGCAAGGGCUAUGAUCGUUCUGCGCGGCGUCUCAGGCGCUCGUUAAAAGCGCAGUCUGCCCGGCCAUGGCUCUGAGGGAGCUGAAAGUUUGCCUUCUGGGGGACACUGGUGUGGGCAAAUCAAGUAUUGUGUGGAGAUUUGUAGAAGAUAGCUUUGAUCCCAACAUCAACCCAACAAUAGGAGCUUCAUUUAUGACCAAGACUGUACAGUAUCAGAAUGAGCUGCAUAAAUUCUUAAUCUGGGAUACAGCUGGACAGGAGCGGUUUCGUGCUUUAGCCCCGAUGUAUUACAGAGGGUCAGCAGCAGCCAUUAUAGUCUACGACAUCACAAAAGAGGAAACUUUCUCAACAUUAAAAAACUGGGUUAAAGAGCUUCGGCAGCAUGGGCCUCCAAACAUCGUUGUAGCUAUUGCAGGAAAUAAGUGUGAUCUUAAUGAUGUAAGAGAAGUCAUGGAAAAAGACGCUAAAGACUAUGCAGAUUCCAUCCAUGCAAUAUUUGUAGAGACAAGUGCAAAAAAUGCAAUAAACAUUAAUGAACUCUUUAUAGAAAUCAGUCGCAGAAUUCCAUCAACUGACACCAACCCUCCGUCUAGUGGUAAGGGCUUCAAACUUAGAAGACAGCCAUCGGUGACAAAGCGCAGCUGCUGUUGACUGACCCCUUAGAAAAUCAGACUUGUUUAUACAGUAGGUGGUCUUGGAAGUUAAUAAUUUGCAUUGGGUUUAUAUUAUCAGUCUUAGAUCUUUAUCUGCUGGUGUUCAUACACCCGAGGUCCCACAAAAAUGGACCAGCUCUUCUGACAUCUGUACACUCGCAGAAAAGACUGCAUUCGUAACAUCAGCCUGUUUACUUGCAGAAAGUCUAGUAUCUCUUGCAUUCAAAGGGAAUCCAUCAUCACUUUUUUGGCCUUGCUUGAAGGGAAGGUGACUAUAUGGAUGAUAGAACUGAAAUGUUUAAUAGCUUUGUAAUCCAGAUUCGAGGGUUGGUUGUUGGUUUUGUGGGUUUGUUUGGUUUUGCUUCUUUUAAAAAGGGAAAUGAGCACUUUUGUGGGACUUUAGGGGUGGGAGGAGUCUGGAAGGUAGAUGUUAGUUCUUCCUUUUCUUCAGUGAGCCUUAUUGUAAGUGUAAUUGUAGCUAAUCCAAAGUGUGAUGGCACAGUUGAUGUGAGAUGGCUACAGAAUAAGCAACUGAAGACAAGUAAUAGGCAAACGAGUCCAUCCAGUCCCCAGAUCCCAUUUGCACUUUUUAUUUAAAGAUGGUAUGCACCAGGGAUGGGGACACAAGCAACAGAUCUUAAACCAUUGACAAUCUUUCGUGCUGACUUCAAUCACUUUAAGGCAAACUGAUGUGCUCAUAGGCAUCUUUAUGUUCCUGCAAGUUGGAGUUUUUUUAAUAUUCAGAUGGUCAAAGAAAAGUGUUUUAAAUGGUUACUGACUAAAACCAGAUGCUGUAAACAGAUGCUGCCAGUGGUUCUGAUUAAUAUCUAAAAGUUUUUGGGGAAAGCUUUUAAUUGCUUGGCAUGUGUAAAGUGUUCAUAUUAUAUUUAUGAGACCAGUGUUUAAAGUAUUAUAAAUUAUGUAAAAACAGUUAAAAAAAUGCAAUCUUACACACUCCUUCCAUUCCACACCUAUGGAUAAACUCCUGGGGAAUUUCCAUUGGGUUUUUCUUUCCUGCAUUUUAGCUGUUUUCACUGUGAGUUCAUCUAGAGGCAGACUGAAAUUCUUUCUUUUAAUCACAUUUGAAAGGGCAAGAGGGAAUGCUGUUGGCGCAGCGUGAGGUCUCUCUGUUGAACAAGUUUUCACCUUUGGUGCACCCAGCUUUUCCUGGUUUGGGCACAAAAAUCCAAAUAGGAAGUAACUUUAAGAGAUGGGGUAAUGUAGAUCAUUACCUCCUGCUUCCUGGGCUUUUUCAUCUGUGAGGGUUUUUACCAAAUCAUUGUUUAGCUUAUUCUGUAUUUGAUUUAGUAAGCUCUCAAUUAAACUAUAGGUUGACCGUACCCACUUGUGCUAUUUUAUUUAUUUUUUCUUUUUGUUUCCUACCAGCACUAGUGAGAAACUUUAUACUUCUGAAGAAAAAAAGCUUUUUAGACUUGGGUGUGUACUAAAAUAUACUGUUUAGUU